AUGGAAGUUUUGUCUCUGGGCCCCGAAAAAGGCAUCUCUGGCAGCGUCGUUACGCAUGCGCCCUCCCCUCCUGGGCGCAUACCGCCUCACGUCUCGACAGAGCAUAAGCCCUUGGCGUGUGACGAGACGAGUUCUUCGCCAUCGCAGCGAGCAGCAAACCACUCGCCGCAGCACCGCCGGGAGGCAUCGCCGCAGAGCACUGUCUGCGCCGCAGUCCCACACCCGUCGACGAAGCUCCCCCCAUCGCUGAGUCACGCGCGGAAGCGUUGCUUUCAAAACGCGAUGGAGAAAAUUGGCUAA